ACAUAUUUUGUUUUUUUUUUUGCCAAGCUUUUGAAAGUCUAGUGACACACUACACGCGUGACUUGGUCGAUACUAAUAAUAACUGAGGUACGCAAUCAUGCAUAUAUAUAUAUUUCUUGGUUUGGAACUAAAAACAAGUGGAGUACUAGAGACAAGCCUUUAGUGGCCUCAUCAUCUAUCGUUUAGUGAUUGAAGUGGUCUCUUUAUCACUGUACAUAAUGGCAGCAAGCUUAAGCAUAUAUAUACUCUCGUAACCAUGGUGCCCAUGAAAGAAAAUGGCUUAAAGAAAGAAUGGAAGAAAAAUGGCUCCUAGAUGGCUAGCCAUUUCAAGCGAACAAUUGAACAUACACAAAGCCAGCACAACAAACUUUUUAAAUUUCAAGUUUUGUAUGCAUGACUUCCAUAUUGUGUUGGACUUAUGAGUGAUCAGUGCAACCUGCUCGUGUGGAAGCAUCUUUAUUGAAUGUUGAUCCUUAAUGAAGUUUAGGUUCAAUUUAGAACGAAAAACACUUACGAGUUGUGUAUUCUUAGGUUCAUUAUGGGACUCUAUGCAGAUAAGUAUUUAGGGAGUAGACACAUACUCACAUCACAAAAUAGUAAGCACGUUACUAGAUGCAUACACACCAUCAUACUCUAGUUAUGUGAAGCAAGCAAUCAAACGUUCAUAAACCAAAGUAAUCAAGGCUCGAAUUUAGAUGUCAUAUGUGCCAUUGGGUUGUAUUCUUUUCUUAAGGGUUCAAAUUUGGAAACACGUACGUUCAAUGCAUAUGCGUUGUUUCGAUUUUAGUUCAAAUUGCAGGGAAACAAAAUGUGUGCCAACUGUCUUCUUGGUUGAUUAUGUUAUGCCACUCUUUUCUUGGUUGUGCAUGGACAACUAAGCAAUUACUUAAAUCAAACUAUAUGUGUCAUACUUUUGUUGUUAUGUAAUUAAUGAGCAAAUAUAUUAUUUUAAUUAUUCAAUUCCAAGCAUCACACCUAUAAAUGUCCAUUCUUAAUUCAAAAUCCAGACUCAUAAAUAAUGAUGGAAGACACUAUUACUUUAACGAGUAGAAUGCACUGCUCUAUGUGGAAACCUUAGGUGUAAUCAAUAAAUCACUAAACAAUACUAACGCAUUGUUUUUUUACACACAACUAAACUCCCAAUUCAUGUUGAAUAGUCCACUAACUUUGUGUAGAAAAGUCUAAAAAUAUAGGGAAAUAACAAAAGUCAAAUCCCACAUGAAAGUAACGCAUAGAGCAAUAAAACUAAAACUUGGGUCAAGCAUUGAAGAGGGAGCCAAAAAAAAGGGGAAACCGCCCACUUUCCCUCUUCCCAAAGCCAAGCGAACCAUGCUAUUUAAUCCACUACACUAUUUGUGAGCCUUUUACAACUAUGCUCCCACUCCGCUCCACUCCACUGGUUUUUUCCAUUCCCUUUGUCCCCUUUUCAGAUCUCCCUUUCCCUCUCCAAGAAAAGAAACCAUCAAAGAAGACACAACGAGAUAGGGGGGAGUGGCUACUAUCAAUCUCCAUGGGCGCCUAUGAGGCCACCAAGGUGGUUUUUGCCCGGUUGCAAGCGCUUGAGCCCAAUCUUGCUCCAAACAUCAUUGGCAUGCUCCUCACCAAGGAUAACAAUGAGAUGGACAUGAUUCGUCUCGCAUGUGGCCCUGACAACCUCCUCCAAUCUAUCAUUGCCAAGGUGCGCACCGACCUCACAAACAAGCCUUCCCCUCCUAUGGCCUCCUGGGGCUUCCCGUCCGAUAUAGGUGAGGAAGCAUCUUUCUCCGUUGACAAGGUGGGGUGUGAUGGAGGUGAAGAGUUCUCCUCUAAGGAGUAUGAUUGGAGGUUACCCAUCGGUGGCAAUCACCAUCGGAGCUUUUUGUCAAGCACCGUCGACACCCUUGGGUGGAAGCCAUGUCUAUACUCCCAAAGCGGAGUGACCACCCAUCUUGGUAGCGACGACAUGCAAGAGUACUCUUCUCGACCACCUCAGAUAGACCAAAGUGACCUAACCAACAACUGCAGUGCACGACAGAUCUACUUGACCUUCCCGCCUGAUUCCAUUUUUAGCAAAGAGGACGUCUGCAACUACUUUAGCAUGUAUGGGAUGGUGCAAGAUGUGCGUAUCCCAUACCAGGAGAAGUGCAUGUUUGGUUUCGUCACCUUCGCCUACCAAAAGACAGUGAAGCUAAUUCUUGCCAAGGGCAACCCACAUUACAUCUGUGAUGCACGUGUUCUUGUCAAGCCAUACAAGGAGAAGGACAAGGUCCCCAACAAGUUCAGGCAUGUUAAUCAUUGCCUAAUUCCACUUCGUAUUUUUGCACAUAUAUUACCUUUUGUGAGUACUUCUAUUGAUUUUCUUAAAAAUUGCAUAAAGUCUAUUGAUUUUAUUAAAAUUGCAGAAAGUUUCAGCAAAGUGACUCUUCUAGCUACAUGAAUCACAAUAGAUUGCUUUAUUCUAGGGGGCCCUUUGACCUGCGACGACACCAAAUAGGUGAACAGUGAUAUCUAUGUGGUGCUUGUGUUUUGAUCUCUUUUUUUUAACAAUUUACAAGGAGUGUUACAUUGUGUUAGGGCCGAGAAUUUUGUAUAGGGACAUUGCUAGUCAUGAGGCAUCUUUUAGGAUGAAGCAAG